AUGGCGGAGAUUUUGGAGCGCAUUAACGAGCUCAAAGCGCUCCCCGAAGAACAACAUCUGUUCUGCCCGCGAGAGACGACCGACGACGGAUCCGUAUACUUUGCCGAAGACAUCGCAGCCGAUCCCAGCGCGGACCAAGGCCACGCCGCCGUAGAAGAGCGAGAGGCCAAGGUCAAAGAAGCCGAGGAGCGAAAAUGGCUUACCCUCGGAGCCCUUCAGAUUAUGGCAUUCGACGGAGAUGAUGCGGCUCCACACAAAGCAUGGAUGUUGGAGCGGUUAGACAAGCUCAUGACGUCCUGUGAUGUCUGCGUGCGCGUAUACCACCAAUCUCGCGCAGAAUGGCGGCAGAGUCUGUUCGAGCAAUUUGAUGAAGAGCAUGUCCAUGUGUUUUUGCAGACGGUCGACAACCAAUCUUUAGGUCGUAUACAGCGGGGAUUGGACGAGGCACACUCAGUACUUCGUGAUACUGAUCCCCAAAAACGUGGAGUUCGUGUCUUGCCCACCGAAGCGGUGUACGCUAUCUUUGAGGCUCUAAGCUGCGAUGCCAUGAUUAGGAACGAAGAGCUCCUGCAGCAGCAUUUUGAUGGACCAUUCGAGCUCGUGCAGUCCAAAAAGCGUCUCAAGCUUCAGACGUUUGUGCCUGCGAUGACCCGGUUUCUUUUCAGUCGGAACGAAUAUAGGCAGAAGUGGGCUACUGCGUCUUGGUUCACCUUCAAGCGGCGCAUACUUCAGUCUGAAUUCGACUGGGCAGUGAGGGAUCAUCUAGUGAGCGCCAUGAUGAAGGUGCAGAUGACGAACCUUGAUCGUACCUUCCUUCCUCUAUAUUGGGCUGGUGUGAGACUCAUUGUCAAUAAAUUGGACAGGGAGCUCAUUACCAGCUCACUUCGUGACCUAGAAGGCAACUUUUAUCGCCUGUUGCUAGACCACUUACAUCUUGAUUCUGAAGGCUUCGUCAAUGUGGUCGAUACCAUGAAGACGAUCUUAGAAGUGUCGCCCACAGACUUCUGGGAUGCUAUAAAUGACAUUACAACGUCUACGGCUACUAUUGUCGAACAAGUCUUCAGCAGUCCUAUCCUCAAACAGAUGUUGCUCGCGGCAUCCGAGGAUAAAGAAGAGGACAUGAAACUCUUGCGCAACGCCUUUGGCUGGAGCGCUCCUUUUCUUACUUCCAUCAAGCCAACAAUCCUUCCACCGGCCGUUCGCGCCUUUGCGAAUGCACUGUUUGGCCAUCUCCAAUCGGACAAAUACUCGCGUGCAGGGCGUGCUCUCUGCUUUAAGGAAGGGCUACGCGUCUUGGACUAUGCUUUUCGCAAAAUGUGCGAAGGUAAGUCUGAAGCCAACUUUGUUGGCCAGCCCACAGUCAACAGCAUGCUCGAUCUACUAUCGACCCAUAUCGAGCUCAUUGUGGGUAGCCUGAAGCGUCUCGAGGCACAAGAAGAUCGACGAUUACUCCUGUCCACCAUUCAGCACGCUUUCACGCUUGAGGCGACUUCGCUGCACAUCGAAAAACAAUUGAUUGCUGCGGAUAAACCCUCACCCAAGGAGACUCCUCCUUCAACGCCUUUAUGGACCGCCGUUCUAAAAGCGAUUGACGCACAAAACGUCGAUCUCGCAACGCAUCUGUUGAUUGCAGGGAGAAGUCUCAUCGGCCUUGAAGAAUGUCUGUGGAAGACUGGGUACGAUAACAAGCCCGUGGAAAUCAAGCAUUUCAACGGCCGAUUCGAACUCUUGUCGAAGUCAAUCACGGAUGUUGUCGAUCGAAUGACCGAAUUCAAACCGGAGCAACUCAAUGACCUGUUUAAACAGCCUGCCGCUGCUUCUGCGAUAAUAUCCCUUCUUUUUUCUUCUACAGAGGAUACUCGAAGUUCAGCUAUCGAAUUGUUGAAGAUUAUCACUGAGCAAGACGAACGGCGCGAUGCUCUGCAAUGCAUUCUCACGACACAUUACAAGUAUGUCCUCGUCGGGAUUUCAGACUCUUGUCGUCUAGUCACGCGCAAGCGGAUUUUUGCCCCCGCAAGCAGCAUGGUCAGGACACUCACCGACAUCAUCGACGUACUCUGCAAUUCCCAAGAUGGGAUAUUGAGAUCUCGACAAUUCGACCGAGGAGACGGAGGUAUCACAAUGAAUUUCUGGAAGAACUUGUGGAAUACGCUUACGAUGUUCUUUGCGACCACUGAGCCGUGGAGCAACUUAGGCGUGUACCAGAAGGACAUGAUGAAAGAUUUCUGUCGCGAUGUCAUGCAGUUCGCGGAUUACCUUUUCGAUCAAUGCAGUGUGUUUGCCUCAGCUCUAGACCCCUCCACGCAAGGAGAUGAGGAGAAGUCCAACACCAACGAAUUAUUGAAAGAAUUACUGCAACUUCCAGCAGGUACGAUGGUCGAGGCAAAGAGGUGGUUGCGUCUCCGCGAUGAGUAUCUCUCAAGCAAGUCCGUCACGCUCAUUGGGAAGUUGCUCGUCCGUCUCCGCGCUGUCUCGAUCGAAAUCGAUCCAGACACGCUGGCAUUCAUGAUGGACAUAGUCCUCGGCAAAGUCAAAGCGAACCUGAGCCGGAAUCAACAGGCCGAGCUGCAACGAGCGAUAGAGACCCACCUUGGCCACUCUAUGAUUAAGGAAGAAGCACCCAAGCAACCACGACAAGCUUCGAUCAGCACUUUUAUCGGAAGUGGUGCCGCGAAAGCACCCACUACAGAGUCAGAUGCGCGUGCAAAACUGAUGAAGGCCAUGACGCCGGGCGCGAUGGCCUUCAAAGAGAAUCGAGAGUUCAACUUGAUGAAGGCUGCGAAAGCUGCGAAGCAAGCAAAGGCCGACGAGGCCAAGAAUGCCCAGGCUGCCGAAUUCAAGCGGAAACGCCAGCUCGAAUUGGAACGUACAAAGAAGGAGAAAGAGGCUGCUAUUGCGAAGGCUAGGAAAGAGCGUGGCCUUGGAGGUGCUACAGCGGAAGCGGGCUCUGCUUUGGCAGGUCUUGGCGUGCUAGACAGAGAUACUGCUCCGAAGGGAGAAGGCUUGAUGCAUUCGUCGGACGAGUCUGAUAAUGAUGAAGACGAGUUUGACGUUGAUGAGCUGUUUGGAAUCACGAACAGACCGGGCAAGGCUGGACCGAAGACCAACAUCACUAAUGAUAUCGUCAAGGUGCCCAUGCCAGUCAAGAAGCGGAGAGUACACCGGUCUGCAAAAGACAUGCGAGCUCGUCUUGCGCCAGAUUUAACGCCGUUGCAUAAAACUAUUCUUGGAUGGGACUAUUACCAUGAGGGCGUCUACCCUCCAAAAACAUCGCAAGGCAAUUACGCUGGAGUUGUGGAUACCUUCCGCACGCCGGAUGAUUAUCAAAACACAUUUGGUGGCCUGCUGAGGCUCGAAGCAUGGCAAGGGUUCGUCAAAGCGCGCGAGGAGCUCACGUCCAAACCCUAUGAGAUUCGCAUUACGCAGCGUUCGACAGUGGAUGCGUUCAUGGAGAUCGGAACCACUAUGACUCAAAUUGAGAACAAGGACAUCCAGGCAAUGGAGGGCGACGUUGUCCUUCUGUCGAAGACUAACAAACCAUCUGCGCAAGAGCCUCACUGUCUGGCUAGGAUCUUCCAGAGGAAGCCUAAGAAAGGACACAUCGAGGUCUCUUACCGCGUCAUGCCUUCCGGAAACCCCAUGUCGUCGCUACUGAACCCGAAUAUGGCGGUUUUCGGCACGAAAAUCCAGUCCGUAACGCCACUGGAACGCGAGUACGCUGCUCUUCACGGUCUGCAAUACUACGAUCUGUGUGAUGAGAUUAUUCACGCGAAGCCUUCUCCUCUCCUUACGUACAAGGACGCACAAAUCGAUCCGCUGAUGCAUAAUUACAAUUUGAACAAGGCUCAAGCGAAGGCUGUAAAGUCAGCUUUCGACAACGAUGCUUUUACGUUGAUUCAAGGUCCCCCGGGUUCCGGAAAGACGAAGACUAUUACAGCUAUUGUAGGCACGAUUUUAACAGACAGUCUCAAGAAGGGUGCCCGAGCUGUACCGAUGCCUGGCCAGAACCUGAACGACAGCGCUGCGAAGAAGUUGCUUGUGUGCGCGCCGAGUAACGCCGCUGUUGACGAGCUGGUCAUGCGUUUCAAAGCCGGAAUCAAGACAUCGGAUGGCGUUGAGCACAAAGUCAACAUCGUUCGUCUCGGAAGGAGCGACGCAAUGAAUGAAAACGUGAAGGACGUUACGCUCGAAGAGCUUGUGAGCAAAAAGCUGGGUGUCAGCAGCAAUGACAACGACAACGAGGCCACACAAAAGCUUUUCGCCCAGCACAAAAGUGUCUCGGCCCAACUGAACGAAGUGCGCCAACAGAUGGACUCUGGCGAAUUUAAGGGCGAAGCUCUCCAGAAGAUCGAGAAUGAGUUCCACACCCUACGGAAAGAGAAGGCACAACUGGGAAGGCAGAUCGAUACUGCCAAGGACGACCAGAAGCUGGCAUAUCGAAACAAGGACAUCGAGCGGCGACGAGAGCAAGAGCGAGUUCUUAGAGAUGCGCAUAUCGUGUGUGCGACGCUCAGCGGUAGUGGGCACGAUAUGUUCCAGAACAUGGCUAUCGAGUUCGAGACUGUCAUCGUCGACGAAGCCGCACAGUGCGUGGAGAUGAGCGCGUUGAUUCCUCUCAAAUAUGGAUGCGCGAAGUGUAUUCUGGUUGGUGACCCUAAGCAACUACCGCCGACUGUUUUUUCGAAAGAAGCGGCUGCGUUCCAGUACGAGCAGAGUCUGUUCGUUCGUAUGCAAAAGAACCAUCCCAACCAUGUCCAUCUUCUCGACACACAGUAUCGCAUGCACCCCGAGAUCAGCUUCUAUCCUAGCUGGACUUUCUACGACGGUAGACUCGUCGACGGCGGUGACAUGGCUGCGCUCCGAAAACAACCCUGGCACAAGAGCUGGCUGUUGGGUCCCUACCGAUUCUUCGAUGUACAAGGCCAACAUCAAUCGAAAGGCCAUUCGCUCAUCAACGUCAACGAAAUUAAUAUUGCCAUGCAGUUAUAUGCUCGACUAAUCAACGAUUACCCGAAUCACGACUUCCGCGGGAAGGUGGGUAUCAUCACGCCCUACAAGUCUCAAUUGCAGUAUUUGAAGAACAAGUUCAGCGCACAAUACGGCACUGGAAUUACUAGGGACAUUAUGUUCAACACCACGGAUGCUUUCCAGGGCCGUGAAGCCGAAGUCAUCAUCUUCUCGUGUGUGCGUGCCGCUCCUUCCGGCGGCGUUGGCUUCUUGCAAGACAUUCGACGCAUGAAUGUCGGUCUCACGCGUGCGAAAUCGUCGCUUUGGGUGUUGGGUAACUCGCAAUCGCUCAUGCGUGGCAAGUAUUGGAAAUUGCUGGUGGAGGAUGCGCAACGCCGUGAUCGCUACACGACUGGCAAUUUGCAGAACAUGUUGAACAAGCAUUCGGAUGCGUAUCCGGCGAAGCCCGGCAUGUUCGAUGAAGCCGUUCCGGUACCCAUGGACAUGGACAACAAUCCACCCAUCAACAAUGACCCUAUCAGGAAGAAACCGUUCAUGAAGCAGGAGCCUACCAGCAACGUGCACGUCAGACAGGAAUACCGCAAGCCGGAUGCCAUGCAAGAAGUCCACAACGCUCGUAUCAAGCAGGAGCCCAACCAGAACGGCAGCCGCAAGCGCGUUCACGACAGCGGCGGAGACGUGGAUAUGUCCGAUGCAGAUGCAGCUUCAGACACACUCAAUGGAAGUGCGGCCACGUCAAACUCUGCGACUCCGGAGCCCAUGGAAGGUGUACAGCGGCAGAAGGCGCCGCGAAGGAAGAAACCUAGACCGACACCGAAUCCGUUGGUCAGCCAUCCACCCAGCAGGCCAAGAAAGUAG